AUGAGAGUUCCAACAGCCAAGAACUGCCUGUUUGAUGGUAUGAGACGAGUGCUAGCUGAGCACCCCAGGGGUGGUGGAGCGAAGUCGGGAAGAGGUUCCACUGUGGCUACAUCGGAGGUUCGAGUACGCCCUAGUUCAAACCAAGUCUUUCAUUUCUUCGCGGUCGAUAAAUUGGUACCAGACUUCUCUGGGAGGAUAAAAACACUGACUUGGGACAUCGGCGAGCCCCCGGAAGUCAUCGCAAGUCUGCACGCGCGUUCAUAA